AUGCCCGAAUCGGAUGAUGGCGACGAUUUUGAGGAUGACCUAUCUGGCCUACAGUUUGUUGAUUUGGUUAACAAAUUAUCGGAAAUUGUUCAGGAAGUGUAUGCCAACCCACCAUCCAAGAAAACCAAACUCCAUGCUGUUCUCACCAAACACAAGGACGCACUGGAGCAAAUCCCUUUCUUAUUAAAAGAUCACCACAUCCGCCUCUACGAAAAUGCCCUGAAGACGGAAACCGAGCUCGGCCAUGAAAAAGAACGUGUGAUACAGCUAACUCGCAGGAAUCACGAAGAUACCGGCACCCUGAUCAUCGGCCAUUGCGACAAAGAGAAAUGGCUGCCCACCAACAAUCCCGUGCCACAAAAAUCCUAUGCUGCAAUCGCCAAAGAACCCCUGCCUGCAGUAAUACUCCAGCCGAAAAAUAAAGCGUCCCUGCCACCCCACCAAUCCCGUACAACACCGAAUGAAUUGUCCAAACUAUCAAACGCCCUUAACACAGCCAUCCCUGCUGGCGCUGCGAAUCUCAACGUGACUGACAUCCGUCCCAUCGGUGGUAAGCGUGUCCUACUUCAGUUCAAAAAUGCCGACAGUGCCGAAAAUGGCAAAGUUGGCCUGUCAUCUGAUGUGAAACCCGACCAAAAGGACAGCAAAGGCAGUGAUAACACAUACCAAGUGGCGCUUGGAGCUAUACAGAACGAAGAGAGCUCCAGCGGUGACGGAAAGGAAACUCCCGCGUCUACGGCGAGAGGCAAUCCGAUGAACCAGAAAAAGGUCACCGGGGAGGAAAUACCCACAGGGAAAGGAGUGGAACUAGUCGGAGCAUCACAGUCGGAUGCUACCACUAUCGGAACUACUGAACAGGAUAAAAAUGUAAACCUGGUUCAGUCGGAAGCUGACAGGACAAAGGUCACAGAAAUGGAAUUGGCUGAACUGGGAUUGGAUGACCUUUCACUGCACGAUAAGACUGUCGGUGAUGACCUUUGGGCAACUCCGAUGGUCUCAGACGAAUCGAACGAGUCAUACUUCACGGAUGAUGAAGCGACAAUGAAUAUGUCCUUCCAGACCGCGAUGAAAGAAGCUGACCAUGCCGAAGGGAUGACACCGUUUAAGGACAUACCCGAGCACCUUAUUGAAAGGACACAGUCUGGGAAGGUCAUCAAUGUUAGACCGUCAUCACCGAACAGUCCCACGUCAACUCUGAAGAGACGCGUGAAGGAGCUGGAAGAGGAACUCGAAGCCAAGGAAGGCCUGGUGACGAAAAGGAAACAGGAAUAUCAAAAUCGGAUAGGAACUCUGGAUGCUCGUAUCUAUGAACUGGAGCAACAACAGGCCGACUUGGAAAGCGCAGCGGAUGAAUGGAAGAUUAAAUACGAGCGUCAAAAAGAACUCGCUGAAGAGUACCUCAAAAUGGUAGAUGACAGAGAAAUGGAAGGUCAUCUUGCGGUUAGCGAGUUGAACGAGAGUAUGUCAGAAGAAUCAGCUGAAAGGUCACGACACUUAGCCGAAUUGAAGGACGAGUGUGACCAGUUGCGUCAAAAGGUCACUGAAGCUGAAACUAAACGGGACGAAUACGCGACCAAAUUCGCAGAGGUCACACAACGGUUAACGACAUUGGCAACGGAGACGUUCAAACUAAGGAAUGACCUGAAGCUACGGGAGGAGGCUGUCAGUACUCUGCAACUAGAAUCGAAAGGUCAUCAGGAACGGGCGGACGAAGCUGAGAAGUUGCGCAAUGAUGCAAUCAAAGCGAUGCGAGAGGCAAGAGACAUCACAGCUACUGAAGGAGAACGCCUGAAAGAAGAAAUCAAAAAGGUCAACCAAGAGAACGAAAAGGUCACAGAAGACAUUGAAAAGGUCACUAAGGAAGGACUCAAAUGGCAGAAGGAAGCACGGCGACUGGACACGAUGGUCACAACAUUGGAGUUGAAGGACAAAGAGUGGCAACAACAGGUCGCUCAAAAGAGUCAGGAAAUUGCAAAGUUGAACACUGACCUCGUCGAGAUGACCACCACAGCAUUGGCAAAAGAUGAUGAGUUGAUCGCAAUCAAGGAUCAGCUGAGAUCAGCCGCUGGGCAGUAUCAGCAACUCGAAAAAGAAACGAGUGAGCUGGUCGAGCACAUCAAAAAAAUGGAACGGGAAAAUGAAAAGGUCACCCAGCAGGAGUCUUUUAAACUGCAGGAACACUUACGAAAGGUCAACCUGGAAAAUUCUGAUCUAAAGAGGGAAAGAGAAGAACUUCAACUGAGAACUAAACGAUUGGAAGAUGAGAACAAGGCGCUCCAGACGUCUAACAAGCACAAAGAUGAACAACUCCUACAAUACGGAGUUAAAACGGCAACAGUGGAGUCCCCUCCGCCCAGUUACAGCAAGGCGCAUGAAACGGGCACGGGCAAAAGCUUCCACUUUGAGAUGCCGCUACGAACCGGCACCGGUAAGGGGAGUGUUAAAAAUGAAAGAGAUGGCGAAAAGGUCAAAGACGACAAAGAGCCACCUUCGGAAAGUUACCCGCAUAUGAGUCGAGGUGAUCCUUCACAAUUUCCCCCGCACAUUGAAACGAAUGUGUUUAUCGACGAAGGACGACGAGACAGACCCCCCAGCCGGCAGGAACGUCCAAGGAAGUCUCGUUAUGGGAAGGCGCAACGAACUCACAAUGAUGAUGAGAGUAGCGAAGAAGACGAGGACCAGAGAGCAGCCAACACAGCGGUACAAUUAACAAAGGCACUCAAUUCGAUGGCUCGGAAAACACCCCUCAUGACCUUUGACGGCAGCCGCGACACUGUGAGUGGAUGGACACGGUUGGUAAAAGAAACCCAAAGGACGUACCAGCUGACGGACGACCAAAUUAUGAUUGAGAUUGCUAGUGCGGUGAAAGGUCCUGCUAAAACUUGGUUCGAAGGCGAAAAAGACAUCGCAGCAGAAGACGGAAUUGAAUAUUCAAUAACUGAAUGGAUGGAGAAAUUCAAAGAUGAAUAUGGCGAUAGAGACGAAGAAGUCUUAGGCUUACGUGAGGCCUAUGCAAGGAAAUUCGAACUCGGGAAAGAAUCGCUUGAUCAGUAUUACCAGGCGAUGAUGCGAUUUAAAGCAAAACGGAUCAUCACAGAGAAACAAGCUGUGGGUUUCCUAAUUGAAGGAUGUAGAGGGGAUAACGAACUCUACAAGGCAUUGCGCAUACAGAAGUGCAAGACGCCAACAGACGUGAAAGACUUCUUCCGACAUUGGGCCACUGGCGAAGAGAAAUACAAGGCGCCAAAAGGUCAACGCACCCAGGAUUACGUGACGAUCCGCCAAGGUCAAGUUGAAAACGUGCCGCAACAGAGAAUGGCAGCUGCGCCAGCCCAGCAGCCGGUUGAGUACCGCGUGGAGACUCCGGUUAGAGAGGUCACCGAAAAGGUGACCUUUAUCGACAGAUAA